GCAUCAUAACCUCCUUUGGUUUUCUUCGCGCAUGGGACCUGCUUCGCCGCUCUGGCUCUUUCGACGAUGACACUCCCCCGCGCCCAUGGCCAUCUCUUGGAGAAGCCGUCUCAUCCCCUCUCUGUCCUCCUUCUCUCUACUGCGAACCCUAGUCUUCGAACUCCAGAGGUGGAAGCACACCUUCGCGGGGGAAAGCCUGAGAGAUUCUAUUCGAGACGCUGAUUUGGAUUCUCCGCUAAAAUUAGGUUUCUUUGAUCCCUCAACUUGGAGGACCGUGGAUUCAAGGACUGGUGGUAUUAGAAAGUCAGCAAUAUCCUCUUCUACAUGGCUGGUUCUGAAAAUACUUCGAAGUAGAGGAUUUGAAUCCUAUCUUGUUGGUGGGUGUGUGAGGGACUUACUCUUGAAGAGAACGCCAAAAGAUUUUGAUGUGAUUACCACUGCUAGUCUUGAACAGAUUACAAAGCAAUUUCAUAAAUGUAGAAUUAUAGGGCGUCGUUUCCCAAUAUGCCAGGUUCAUAUCCUAGGCUCCAUUAUCGAGGUUUCCAGCUUUGACACCAGACAGAAAAAUGUCAAAGAAAGAAGAGUACCCAAUAAUUGUGCUGAGAAAGACUUUAUUCGCUGGAAAAAUUGCAUGGAAAGAGAUUUUACAAUUAAUGGUUUAUUCUUUGACCCCAUUGACUGUACCAUCUAUGAUUAUGUUGGUGGAAUUAGGGAUUUAAGGACAUCUAAGGUGCGUACUGUAAUUCCAGCUCAUUUAUCAUUUAAAGAGGACUGUGCAAGAAUUUUGCGUGGCUUGAGAAUUGUUGCUCGUCUUGGUUUGCGAUUUUCAAAGGAGACUGCAGAAGCUAUACAAGAUUAUUCUGCUUCCAUCAUAACACUUGACAAGACAAGGUUGCUGAUGGAAUUGAAUUUUAUGCUGGCAUAUGGGGCAGCUGAGUCCUCAAUUCAUUUACUUCAGAAGUUCAAACUUCUUGAAAUCUUGCUUCCCUUUCAUGCAGCAUAUCUGGCUGAUCAAACCAAGAAGCAAUCUAAUGAAAGCUCUGUUAUGCUGAUGAAAUUAUUCUCCAAUGUUGAUAAAUUACUUGCUGCUGACCGCCCAUCGAAUUACUAUUUAUGGCUAGGAUUGUUGGCAUUUCACCUGGCAUUAGUAGAACAUCCUCAAGAUGCUUUAGUAGUUUGGACACUCUCCUCUAUCUUGUACCAUGGAAUGUGGAGUAAAGCCAUGGAGUUUGCAAGACAAAAUGUUAAAGGUCAUGGUCAGUUUGUUCCCGAAAUUUUAGAACCUUCUGAAUCUAAAUCAGAUGAGCUACUCCUGGAAGAAACCUGUCAUCUAGCAUCAUUGGUUAAAUCUUCUGUAGAUGCUUUAACCAGAAUAGAUGUUCUUCAGCAAUCAUUGACCAGAUACCCAGAGUCUUUGCCAUGUUUGGGACUGGUAUUUGUCUCUGAGAAAAUGGGAAAGAGUGUAGCCGAACUCUUCGAUGUCCUUGGAAAUGAUAUAACAUCCCAUGACAAGAAGAGAGAGACACGUGACAUUAAUUAUGAGCUGCUAAAGAGAGGGGAUCUAGGUGAAACCAGAUUUGUGCUUGGAAAAGUAAUCAUGGAUACAAUGAAUUGUCAGCUUACUCUUUUACAAAGUCAGAAUGUGGCUCCUGCAAAAAAAAGCUAUGUUCCGUUGUCUUCUUUGUUCAGCUGAGGCACUUUAUGGAGUUUACGUUGAUCACCCUACUGAUUGAUUGUCAUGGAGCUUCGUGGCUAGGUCAGGCAGUUGAUUUUGUAUCGAGCAGCCUCUCGUAUUAAGGGCAUAAAAUUUCCUUAUUUUUUAGAAAUCAAUUUUCAUUUGUGUACAUUGUGUGUAUCUCAUUAUCAACAUUGAUGUACAUUGUAUGCCGCAUGGUGUACUGACUUCGAGCCCACUUUAAUCUCAAGUCAGUAAUCAUCAUUUUUUAUUUUCUUUUUUUAACAGUCUCUAGAUCAUAUAAUCUUUUUAUUCGUAGAUAUUUUAGAACUUGUUGAUGACAUACUAUGGUUUA